AUGGGGUGGGGAUUGUUGUUAGUGGGGUGGUGUUGUUGUUUAUUAGGGUUGUUGAUUUUGAAAAGGGGUAUGAGGAGUGUGAAUAGUUGGUGGUGUGAGAGGAAAUUGGGGGAGAGGAGAUAUGAACUGCCACCAGGUGAUUUUGGUUGGCCUUUCAUUGGUAAUAUGUGGUCCUUCCUCAGAGCUUUCAAGUCUACCAAUCCUGAUUCUUUCCUCUCCGACUUUAUUCACAGGUUCGGACACACCGGAAUGUACAAGGUACACAUGUUCGGCAAUCCCAGCAUCAUAGUCACCACAGCCGAAGCAUGCCGAAAAGUUCUAACCGACGACGAGGCCUUCAAACCAGGAUGGCCCACAUCCACAGUAAACCUAAUCGGAAAAAAAUCAUUCGUCGGAAUCUCCGACGAAGAGCACAAAUGGCUUCGUAAAUUAACCUCCGCCCCCGUAAACGGAAACGAAGCAUUGUCCGUGUACAUGAAAUACAUCGAAGAUAAUGUCGUAACUGCUCUAGAGAAAUGGUCGGAAAUGGGAGAAAUCGAGUUCUUAACCGAACUCCGAAAGCUCACGUUCACAAUAAUCAUGCACAUUUUUAUGAGCUCCGAGAGCGAGCAAGUUAUGGAGGUUUUGGAGAGAGAAUACACCGCGUUGAACUAUGGCGUUAGGGCUAUGGCGAUUAAUAUACCGGGUUUUGCUUACCACUCUGCUCUUAAGGCACGUAAAAAGCUCGUGGAAGUUCUUCAAGCCACAGUAACUUCUAGAAGGAAUCUGAGGGGCGAAAACCCCCCGAAGGCUAAGAAAGAUAUGAUGGAUGCUCUUAUGGAAGCUGAAGAUGAAAAUGGGCGAAAAUUGGACGACGAAGAAAUAAUCGAUGUUUUAGUUAUGUACUUAAACGCAGGCCACGAAUCUUCGGGGCACAUCACUAUGUGGGCCACCCUUUUUCUUCAGAAGCAUCCCGACGUGUUCAAAAGAGCCAAGGCUGAGCAAGAGGAGAUUGUGAAGAACAGGUCGGCUGAUCAAAACGGUCUUUCGCUUAAAGAAAUACGGCAAAUGGAUUAUCUUUCUAAGGUAAUCGAUGAAACACUUCGUGUGAUCACAUUCUCACUUGUUGUCUUCCGAGAAGCAAAGAAAGAUGUCCACGUUUGCGGUUACACAAUUCCUAAGGGAUGGAAAGUUCUGGUCUGGUUUAGGAGUGUUCAUUUUGAUCCCGAAACAUACGUCGAACCGAAGAAAUUCGAUCCUUCUCGAUGGGAUGGAUUUACACCUAAAGCCGGAAAUUUCCUUCCAUUUGGCGGUGGAAGUAGAUUAUGCCCCGGAAAUGAUCUCGCCAAAAUCGAGAUAUCUAUCUUCCUUCAUCAUUUUCUUUUGAAUUACGAGCUCGAACGACAUAAUCCAGCUAGUCCGAUGAUGUACUUGCCGCAUACGAGGCCGAAGGACAACUGCCUAGGAAGAAUAAGGAGAGUGUCUGCAUAAGAUGUAGAGAGAGGAGAUUAAUUAAUAUAAGAGCUCUCUAUUUAUUUUGUUUUUGAUUUAUGAGAAAUAAAAUGUUGCUUUGUUCUUAGUAUAGAACUUAAUUCUCCAACUACAUUUUGUAAUUCUAAGUUGGGAUUUUUCCUUAAACUACAAAUAUUAGUAUAAUAUAUGAUGAAUAUUCAUAA